AUGGACCAAGUUCCGCCCGGCUUGGAAGAAAUACUCGACGGCAAGAACCACAAACUUUUCCUUCAAGGUGGAAACGAGACAUGGAUGGGUUUUCCAGCCGUUAAACGGUUCACCAACGCGUUCAUUCUCGACGAAGUCAACGAUAAGAUCUUGCUUGGUUACAAAAAGCGAGGCUUUGCACAGGGAAUAUACAAUGGGUUUGGCGGGAAAGUGGACAUUGGAGAAACACCUCUCCAGGCAGCACACCGUGAACUAGAGGAAGAAGCAGGAGUACAAGCACCGCUCCAGUGGUUCGGAGCACUUCUAUUCUACCAGACAGAUCAUGAAUACGCGCAUUACAUAGAUCUUUACCGCGCGAACUCGUGGUCCUCCGAACCCAUAGAAACAGAGGAAAUGAAACCGAGAUGGUUCGCUUUGCCAGAUCCUAGUACCGACAUGAUUCAACUGGCAGAACGACUCUCACGAGAAGAAACCUCUGAAGGCGAGACCCACGUGGAAAUAGUUCCUCUUCACAAGAUGUGGAGGGACGACUUGCUAUGGAUGCCUCUGAUGAUUUCAAAUAAACCGUUCGUGGGUAGAGUCGACCUGGUUCAAGACUCUGCACCCAAGGCAGGCUCACCGUCGGAACUUCUUCACCCGCUGGCCAAGUGGUGGAUCGCGACCAUAGUUGACUAA